CAGUUUACAACUGCCACGCUAAACAUGGAACAAGCAGAAUCUGCUGAUAGUUUUGCAGAAGAUAGUUUGGAUGAGAAACCCGAGUGGUUUGAGCCAUGCGGAAAUCAACCGAAAAUAAUCGAUUUUACGGGUCAAAGUGGAGCCGAUGUCAACAACGUUUACCUGCAGCAUUGUGAAAAUGUCGAAGACUUUUACGCCCUCCUGGUCACGGACGAAAUGGUGCAGCAAAUAAGUGACGAAACAAACUUGUACGCUGCGCAAAAAGAGCAACCAAACCCGUCAGCCCGUGAGAAACGUUGGGUUCCUACGAAUAAAGAAGAAAUACGAAAGUUUUUUGGGCUGCUCAUCUGGAUGGGUUUGGUGAAAUACCCAUCCAUUGAAUCGUACUGGUCCACAAAUGUGCUCUAUCAAAUUCCAUUCCCAUCCACGGUGAUGAGCAGGAACAGGUUCGAGAUUCUGUUGACGAUGCUUCAUUUCAGUAACAACGAAACCGCAGAUACAAGCGAUUGUUUGUAUAAAAUCAAUCCAAUUGUAAAUGGAUUGAACGAAAAUUUCAAAAAAUAUUACCAUCCUCCAGAAGUACUCUGCAUUGGUCAGUCAAUCAUUCCACUUCGGGGACGCGUCGUAUUCCGAAACUACAUGAAACAAAAGCAAGAACAGUACGGGACCAAAAUUUUCAAACUGAGCUGCGGUCUUGGGUACACAUACAGCGUUUCAGUCUACUGCGGCAAAACCUACCAUCCAGCUGUGGACAGCACACCAACAAGUAUAGCGAUGAAGUUAUGUGAAAGAAUUUUAUUUAAAGGACAUGCUCUGUACACGGACCAUUGGUUUACCAAUCUAAAUUUAGCAAAACAAUUGAUUGUACAUCAUACCCAUUUGAUUGGGACCGUGAGAAGCAACCACACCGAUAACCCAAAAGAUGUGGUCAACAAGCAGUUGAAACGUGGAGAAUUUUUUGCAAAGGAGAGUAAAGAUGGGAUAACUUUUAUGAAGUGGAACGAUCGGGAAGAAAUGUUAUUACUGUCUACAAAACACUCAGUACAAAUGGAAAUCGUAACAUCGAGAGGCAAAUUAGUUUCCAAACCAAAGAUUGUCGUCGAUUACAAUUCAGCAAAACAAUCAGCAAAUUGUUCUGACCAAAUGGCAGCAUUCAGUAGUCCCUCACGAAAAUCAAUGAAAUGGUAUAGAAAAGUAGCCAUAGAGCUUUUACUAAACACGGCUGUAGUGAAUUCUUAUGUCUUGUACCGACAAACCACAGGUCAUGCAAUGCCUAAAACGAAAUUUCGUGAAAAAUUAAUUUUGGGAUUGACUCAGAAAGGUGCUACAAACCAGAAUACUGAAUCCAUCCCUCCAGCAUCCAUCGCUUCAGCAUCCAUCAGUAGUGCUCAACAUCCUGAAACCCAGAAAAAGAAAAACAAACAUCACCUGAAAAAGAAAGAAGGUGUAGCACAAAAAGUUAGACGAUAUUGUGCCUCUUGCUACAGCCAAAACACAAAACGUGUAGGGAGGGCGGAGGCUCGAAAUGUUACAAAAAAAGUUACAACCUAUUGCACCCAAUGUAAAUCCCAACCUCACCUAUGUUUAGACUGUUUUAAUAAAUUACAUUAAUUGCUUGGUAACGUUUUUGCAAGACACACAAUUUUGUUGAAAAUAAAAUGUUAUCAACAUUUCUAGUUUUUACGAAAUUUAGAUUCUUCUCCUAGUUCGAAUCAUCUUACGAAAUGCGUAAAAUGUGUAAACUCCACAACGGAUCUGUUUAUCAUGGAUUUUUUAACAAAUGAAUAAAGCCUGAACUAUUUUUCGU